AUGGAGGUUCACGAAAAUAUAGCCCAGCCAUCGUCAUCAAUCGGAAUGGAGUCACCUACACUUGCACCGAAUCCUCCGGUACAGGAUCAUACGACAACCUCAACGGGGACCACCGCCUCUCCCAGUCUCACGUUCAAAGGCGGCCUCAUCAUUCUGCCAAACCCUCUAGCCCGCAUCAGCCCUACGUGUGCAUCAAUCGCGGACCCAAGCCAACACACCCUCCACCUCUUCGCCGACGCCUCGUUCCCCGGACACAACUGGCACAAGGGCCCCUCGACGCCGUCCGCGCCAGCAGGCGCCGCCGUCUUCUGGAAGCCGUGGCCGUGUAUAGACCCCGCCGACCCGUGGCACUCCCGCGCAUUCCAGAUCCUCGCAUGCCACAGCCCCCGCCAAGCAGAACUCUUCGCCGUCGUCGCGGCGCUCGAGACGGCGACGCUGCUGGCCCACCUGAUGCCGGACCUGAGAUGGGUGACGGUCUUUUCCGACUGUCAAGACGUCAUGAACACGCUCGCCGCAGCGGAGGGUUCGUACCCCAGCGCCUUGGACCCCCUCGUCAAACGCGCCUUUGAGGCGUGCGGCUCUCUGCGGGAUAAGAGGGAUAUCAGGGUCGCUGUGUGCUGGUGUCCCGGCCACGUUGGUAUCCUUGGCAACGAAAAGGCCGACGAGCUCUCCAAAGAAAUCCGACGGUACAACUUUAGGCAUUUGGUCCCGGAAGAGCAGCCCACGCGCGUGAGCGGGUAUGAGAUUCCGUCCAAGUAUCUCGAGAGGGCGCGCCGCGGGCACUGGUGGAGGGAUGAGGCUGAUUUCGAGUGGACGGCGAAUAUGCCUCGCAAGCGGUUUUAUCCGGUGGCUGUGAGUAGGGGGUGCGAUGAAGAGGCCUGUGAAGAGGCAUACGACGACGAGGCAUAUGAUGAAGCUUAUGAAGACAAGGACUACGAAGAUGAGGACUGCGAUGAUAAAACUUACGACGAUGGAAACUACGAUUGUGAAGACUACGAUUAUGAGGCUGCAGAUGGAACUUACGACGACGAAGACUACAAUUAUGACGCCGACAACGAGUUCUCCGACGACGAGUUCUCUGACGACGAAUUGUCCGACGAUGACGCAUCUGCAACCCUCUCGUUGUAUAGCUACUCUUCAGCCACUCAAAGCCAAACAACAAAGCGCAAGCGUUCGGCGCCAGACCUACCAGAGUAUCCCUACAAGAGACAAAGGACAGGCCGACUUGAGCACGGCAUCAACUAG